AUGAACUCCCUGGAGAGCACCCAGCCAUUUCCAAACCUACCAGCUCCAGCACCCUGCCACCUUCCUGCCACUGCUUCACCCCCUCAAGAGCUGGAGAGCACGGGGUACCUGUGGAAGCUGCCAGAAGCCAAGCUGGCCUGCUCCCUACCACACCGUGCUCAGCAUGGCACAUCUGCCAUGAGGAUGAUGAUAGAGGUAAAAGGGCCCAUCUUCCAGCUUAGCAGAAGCCCUCAAGAUGCAAAGAAAGCACCUGGGAAUGGUUGCUCUAACCGACAGGCUGCAACCUGCAAGCUAAGUCUAAUACCUCUAGCCUGCCAUGUAAAACUGUCCUUCAGCUGCCAGAGGCAGGAGGCGGGACUUCUGCUCAAACUGGUGGCGCCAAGACGGGGGCUAGCAGCUAUGGAGACCGUGCUGGGACAGGUGGAGCAGUUGCCUGUGCUCUUGGCUGUCUCCCGCUCCCCACUGGUACGGGACUGGGACUCUCUGACCCUGGACAGGGCUUUAGAGUGGGCCCGAUAUUUCCAGCACCUGCAUGACCGCUUCCGUACCCGGCCUCGGCUCCGGGAGGCCUUGGGGCGGCGGCUGCGGCGGGAGGGGCGGGAGGCCGAGGCGGCUGGGGAGGCCGCGGCGCGGCUACAGUGGCUGGCCGGUGUCCUGGAGCAGCUCCCUCAGUCUCGGGCCUUCGAGGUGGUGGCAGCGGCGCUGCUGCUGCUGGGGCAGGGGAGUGAUGCUGAGAAGGCCGGAGGCAGAAGUCGGGAGGAGAACAGCCUAGAUGGAAACCAGGCGAGUGGAACAGGAGCUGAAUGUGUUGCUGAACUCCUACUUUCCUGGCUGCUGGGGAACCUGGAGCGAUUUUCUGCCUUCUGUCUCUUCCUCCCAGGCUCGCUUCUUGGCUCCCUUGCUGGUCACUAUUCCCGGUUAAGCAAACCUUACUUGGACCUUUUAACCAGCUGGGGGAGCCACUUGCUCUAUGACCCCUUGCAGGGCCGGUGGGUUAAAAGUAGUCUUGACAAAGCUGAGUUGGCUUGGGAGGAGCUGAGGGAGCGCUUCUGCUGCCUCUGUCAGGGAUCUGUACUGCUCAGAGGACAGACCCAAGCUGCUCUGAAACUCCUGAAGGCGCAGGAUGGAGACUUCAAGGUUCAUGGCCUAAGUGUAUGGACUGACUUACUGAUGGAGAUAGAGAAGUAUCUGAGGAAAGAAGCAGAGCACUAA